CUGGAAGUUUCCUAAAGGUUUAUUUGUAAUAUUUUUGGUUUUAAUUUUAUUUUUCAUUUUCUGCGAUGAAUCGUUCCCGGCAAUUCAAGGCGUUAUUUUCUAUUUGAUUGACUGCGGUUGUUUAAAAGCCGAAAAUCAAUGCUCAAUUCUCGGUAAAGUUGGUUUUGAUUUCGUUUUUUUUGGUUUUUUGAAAGAAAAAAAAGAAAAAAAAGUAUUCGAACUCGGUCAAUGCGAUUGUAGAUCGUGUAAAUUAGAGGGAAUUCUAUGUUUGGAAUUUCUAACAAUAGGAAACGGAAUUUGCGAGCUGGAAAAACUUCAGGUUGAUUUUGUAGGCAAGUUUUUGUUUCUUCUUUUGGUGUUUCACGAUUAGUGAUUCCAGUAAAGAACCGCGAGGUGGCUCCGUUGAAGACCGGCGGCGCCAUCUCUCGUGCGGCAGGCCAAUCAUGAACGGAAGUGGUGACAUGGAGGCUGCAUCUGCCUCUGGCGGUGGCAUGGUCGGCGGCGAUGAGGAUGAGGUGGUGUAUUUGGAUCCCUUCAAUAUUGCUACCACCAAGAACGCUUCUGUGGAGACGCUGAAGCGAUGGAGGGUGGAAGGAGGAAGCACCUCUUGGCACCUUGUUUUGAGAUGGAAUUACGUAAACUUGAAUGCUUGGUUAACUAUGAUAGUUCUUUGUGUACUUUCAGGGGAAAGGGGAGGAGCACUAGGGACACAACACUCGUGUUGUGGUUGUUUUGUUUUAGAGGGUUUGGGUGGGGGUUGGGUUCAGGGGGCUGAUUACCUCCAAGAAAAGUACAAUACCCUGAAGUUGAUCUUCGAUCCACUAGGGAACCUGUAUAGUCAGUGUCGGUGUAUGCUUCUAGAGCAAGAGUAUUGUUCUUCUUGA